GGGAAAAACCCUCUUCAGCUUGGCCAACCCACGCCAGCAGCGCACUAUCAGUUCCUUCAGCAACAGCAACUGCAACUGCAUAGGCUACAGCUUCCACAGCAGCACCAAAUGAAGCAGCAAGCUGAGAUGAUGUUUGGAAAAAGCACUAGUGGGAUUAGCUUGAAUUUCGAUAGUUCUAGCUGCACUCCUACAAUGUCAUCUACCAGAUCUUUUUUAUCGUCCUUGAGUAUCGAUGGUAAUGUGGCUAAUUUGGAAGGAAGUGCAUUCCAUUUAACGGGGGCAGCUCGCUCCUCAGAUCAGAGUUCACAGCAACACAAGAGGAAAUGUUCUGGAAGGGGAGAAGAUGGAAGUAUUAAAUGUGGAAGCAGCGUUAGAUGUCAUUGCUCAAAGAAGAGGAAACAUAGGGUGAAGAGGUCGAUCAAGGUUCCUGCUAUUAGCAACAAGCUUGCUGAUAUCCCACCUGAUGAUUACUCAUGGAGAAAGUAUGGGCAAAAGCCAAUCAAGGGUUCUCCUCAUCCUAGGGGAUAUUACAAAUGUAGCAGCAUGAGAGGUUGUCCUGCAAGGAAGCAUGUGGAGAGGUGCUUGGAAGAUCCGUCCAUGCUUAUUGUUACCUAUGAGGGUGAACAUAACCACCCAAGGAUUCCAGCACAAUCCACAAACACGUAACCACCCAAAGGUUCUCACUGUUCAAUGAAGGCUUAUUUAUGAAUGGCUCCUGUAUAUAUUUAGCAUGGUUCAACCCUGAGAUAUAGUUGGAGCAGGUGUUUUUGUUUCUUUCUUUCUUUGUUUUUUUUUUGGGGGGGUGGGGCCUGCUUUGGGGAGUUAGCUUUCCAAUGCUUUGUUAGCAGCCUGACAGAGGCAAGCUUCAAUCCUGGCACUGAUCCUCAGACAAAUGUAGAAUUGGGGUUUCAAAUUGUAAGAACUCUUUGAUUUGCAACCAGCGGCUCUAAACAGUUCAAAAGAAGUGUUUCUUCCCGGGUUGUUGAAAUGGGCUCAAUUGGUGUAAUUUUCUUUCCGAUUUGACUUCAGUUCCUGAUGGCAUUGCAUUUGAAUGAUUA